CGUUGGUUGAACGUGUUGGAACGCUAGAUUUGUUUAUUAUUGCUGUUGAUGUUAUACUGUUAUAAUAGGAUAGCUUCAAAACAAAAUAGGUUAACCUGAAAUUGUAAUCUGGUUGCGUUUAUUUUUCAUAUGUUUAUGUGAAAUGUAAUAAUAACAUUUUUCUGCAGUAGUGAGGGAUUUACAGUGCAGUAGAUUUAUCGAUUGAGAAGAAACGAAAAAUACUUUUUCAACUUAACUCCGUGUUGCUCAGAAUUGAGUCAUAGUUUUGACUCACAGUUUAUUCUGAGGCAGUAUUAAUAACUCUGAAGAUGGAAGAAGAUGUUGAGAUUGAACAAUUGUUGGAAUCUAAUGAAUUGGCUCUGAUUGAGGCUGCAAAAUCUAUAGCCAAUGAUAUCUGCUUAGGAGAUGAUGAAAUACAAAUGUCAAAAUCAGCAGUUAGCUUAUAUAACAGUAAUGCAGUUUCUGAUAUAAAUAUAAUGUGUAUUGAAGAACAAUCAAAUAUCCUUGAAAACAAUGGAAACAGCUUGGAACCUACACAAACUAAUUCACCAUGCCCUAGUAAUUUUAGCAACGAUUCAAAACAAAAUUGUAUCUAUGGAGAAGAGAUACAAGAGCUAUUAGAUGACCAAAUGGUGACUUGCCUGGCUAAAGAACCAUCAAGAAUUUUGCUUCCCUUAUAUUCAAUGAAUUCUGAUGAUGAAAGCUCGCUUAGUGACAAUGAUUAUGACGAAACUAACAGAUCCAAUAAUAGUUUGGUUAAUGGAGUAAUGGGAAAUUAUGACCCAAAGCUACUGGACUCAACUCAAACACAGACUGGAAACAAAAGUAAACAGUCUCAAAAUGAAACUCUUAUUAAGCUUGGCCCCAUUCAGAGAAUGAUUUUGGAAAAGGACCGUUUAUUAACAAUGCUGGAGAUUAAGUUACAAGAGGAACUUCAUGAGAAUGAAGAAAAACAGAGAAAAAUAAGGAGUAGUAUAGUAAAACUAACCACUGAAAAUAAGAUUAGGGAGCCAAAUUUUAAAAGAUGUUUUUUUAAAAAAUUUGGAAUGCCUUACUUUGAGGAUGCAAAUGGCUUUACUCCUAUGCCUAAUGAUGACUACAGAAAAAAGUUAGAAAAAGGAGAACUUGUUGUAACCAAAAUUCCUAAAGUUCGUUAUUGGGUUAAGAGCCACAAGGAAAUGUUGCAGGAAGCUAUUAAACAAACAAUAAUUUAUGAGAAAUCAGAUAAAUUCAAAAAGGAAAUUUUAAAAUUGAGAGUAUUGUUAAAAUCUUCAAUGAUAGAUGAUGAUGAAUUAGUUAAGAAAAUCACUGAAUAUCAGACGAGAUUGCGAUGCCUCAAAGCCACCUCAUAUUUAGAACUUGUUUCGAAAGAAAAGCCUGACAGAGAAUAUGACUGGAUGAAAUAUUCUGCAACUGUUUUUAACGGAUUACACAGUUCAGAGGAAUGUAGGAGAUUCUGGCAUGUGUAUUUGAACCCAUGUAUAAAUAAGGCUUCUUGGGAGGUAGAUGAAGAUAUGAAAUUGAUUAAAAUAGCAGAAGAAAUGCACUUCCAAGACUGGGAUGAAAUCGCUAAACGACUUAACACAAAUCGUACAGCAUAUCAGUGCUUAGUUCAUUUUCAGACAAGACUUCAUACAAAGCAUGGUUUUUCAACUGGGAAGUGGACAAAAGAAGAGGACAAAAAAUUGUUGUCUGUUAUAAAUGCCUCUAAGAUUGGAGAUUUUAUACCAUGGACAAAAGUAUCAACACAUGUUGGUAGUCGAACACAUAGUCAAGUGUACAACAGAUGGUCAAACUGCUUAAAUCCCAAAUUGGUUAAAGGAAGAUUUACUAAAGAAGAAGAUUUAUUGAUAGUUUCUGGCAUAGAAGUUUUUGGAGUGAAUUUUAAAGAAAUGGCGUCGCUUAUGAGCAAUAGAACACCUACUCAAAUACGUGAAAGGUAUGAAAGGCAUCUUCUUACAAAAACUGCUAAAGUUGGUGCUUGGUCUCUUGAAGAAGAUGAGAAGUUAUUGAAUUUAAUACAAAAGCAUGGUGAACAAAAUUGGGUUGCAAUAUCAGAUGAAAUGAAAACUAGAACACGAACUCAAGUUAGACAAAGGUACAAUUUCAUAAAACAGAUGAUGAAAAACAAACCAGGCUGGACUGUAGUGAAAGCUAAGCGUAAAGGAAUCAACAAUACUAGCAAAAUACGAAACCUAACUCAGAAAAAUGUUGAAAGAGUUAAAAAGGAAAUAGAUAAGGUGGAUACAUUUUUUAAUUUAUCCCAACUUGAAAAAGACACAUUUCGCAUUGAAAAAUUAAAAGAAUUGAGAGACCAGAUUCUUCUGAAAAGGUUUGAUCUGAAACGCAAGCAAAAAAUAUUUUCUGACAGCUCACAAAUAAAUAAUCGUCUACUGGAGUACUUCAAAAUCUCCCAAAGAAACCCGCCUAUAAGACCAUCAAAGAUUGAUAGUCAUGCCUGUAAUGUUUACAUGAAUGAAAUUUUGUUAAUGACAAAAUAUUUUGGACAAGACUUGAAGCUUCCUAAAACUGAAGAUGAGGUAAAAAAUAACUUAAAUUUAAGUAAAAAUCUUCAUCAUUUUCUGUGUGAAAAUAUAAAAGCAGCUAAUAAUGAAAUGAAAAACCCGGAAGGAAGUAAUUCUUCAACCUCAAUGAUGAAUUGUGGCCCGAGUAUUGAUUAUGAACAACCUGAUGUUGAAGACGAUAUUAUAAUGCAUGAUUCAUGGCAUAUUCCUAUAUUUGAUGUUACACGUUUGAAUUUCUGUGAAAUGUUGAAGAGAACUGUUUUUGACUACUCCAAUGGUAUGCACAAAGACAUCUGGAACUCAAGAAAUAACAGGUCCUCAACACAUUGGAGUACUUUUCCUGGUGUGGUGGCAGAAUUUGAACAGUUAUCAACUCAACAACCAUUCCAUCUACCUCCAAACCAUCUCACCACACUUGGAUUUAGAUCUCUAUUGCUCAGUAGAUGUAGACUGAGACAGGAUGCCUCUACAAAGAAUUAUACAGAAAAUAUAAAAGAAAUUGAAAAUCAAGAGACAACAACAAAACAUAAACUUAAUGCUGAUCAUAUUGACAGAUUGCUCGACCAGUUCCAAGAAACUAUGAUUACUUUGUUUACUUGGCCAAAGGUAUUGGCUGUAACGAGUAUUGGUAGUACUCAAGUAACUCAAGUGAGCACUGCCAGGGUCACACAAAUUGGAGGCGAGUCCAAUCAAAGUAUUAACAUUAGCUCUCUCAUGAAUAACACAACUCCUGAACCAACAAAUUCUAUAUUUGAAUUAUCAAAGGAAAAUGUGCGAAAUAGUAAAGUAAGACAAACUAUACAAGAACAAAGUGAGGAUCUUAAACGUAAACUCUUUGAAAUUAGGAGAGGAAUAACGUGUAAGAGCAAAGUAAAUAUUGAUAACCUUUUGAAAAAAGUAAAAAUAGAACCCCCAUUUAACAACAUCAGGAAAAAAAUGAGAAACAGUGAGAUGGUAUCUGUACGUAGAAGAAAUGAUACCAAGUCUUCUCCAAUUUUAUACAAAACCAAACAAAAACAGACUGAUAAAGUACCUAAAAAUCAGGUGAGUUCUCAGUUAAAUGAGAAACCCCAAGUGAAUUUUAACUUAGAUGAGGAUAAUAGCGAACUGCCAUUGUACAUGCAAGAGCCUUGUAUAAGCAUAAGAGAUAGAAGUAAAACAGCUAUAACAUACAAACCUGCUCAUAAGGAUAAAACUGGAAAAGUAAUCAGUCAUAAUCAGUUACAUGAGGUUACAAAGCAGAACCCUCUAAAAAACAUGGAAAUAGCUAGUACUGGAGAUCCAAAAUCUUAUGCUGGUGAAAUUAAUGAAACAGAACAUCCAGACAGGGAAAUAGCUAGUACUGCAGAUCCAAAAUCUUAUGCUGGUGAAAUUAAUGAAAGAGAAAAUCCAGACAGAGAAAUAGCUAGUACUGGAGAUCCAAAAUCUUAUGCUGGUGAAAUUAAUGAAAGAGAAAAUCCAGACAGGGAAAUAGCUAGUACUGGAAAUCCAAAAUCUUAUGCUGGUGAAAUUAAUGAAAGAGAAAAUCCAGACAGGGAAAUAGCUAGUACUGGAGAUCCAAAAUCUUAUGCUGGUGAAAUUAAUGAAAGAGAAAAUCCAGACAGGGAAAUAGCUAGUACUGGAGAUCCAAAAUCAUAUGCUGGUGAAAUUAAUGAAAGAGAAAAUCCAGACAGGGAAAAAGCUAGUACUUUAGAUCCAAACUCUUAUGCUGGUGAAAUUAAUGAAAGAGAAAAUCCGGACAGAAACAUACCAAUAAAUCAAACACAUUCUGAUGAGGUUGACUCGUGUCUUGAAAUUGUUCAAGAUGAAAAUGUAUCAAUUUCUGAAACGGCUAGCAAAUGUACAGAAGAAAAAGGCAGUUGUGAAGCAACUACAGCUCUAAAACAAUCAAGUACAUCAGCUGAAAAACCUAUAAAAGUAGAACCCUUUAAAAAUAAAAAAUCAUUACCCAAAUUAGUGGAUAAAGAAAUUUGUGGACAGUCAGGAAGUAAUCUGCCAACAAACGUACCAGAUUCAUGUAAGGGUAAAUCCCGUCUUAGAACUGUUCCACAGGAAUUUGAAGCAGUCCCUACAAAUCUUAAGAGGAGAAGAAGUUCCUCAAAAGAAAAAACAGUAAAAUCUUUCAAACAAUCACGUAAACGAACUAAACCACUAAAAGAUGCUCUAGAACCUAUAAAAAAGAAAUCUCGAUGUCAUGUGCGAGAUGUAAAUUACAAAACUGUCAAUUAAGCUCUGUGAAUCCUAUUAACGUAAUAUGGAAUAACUGAAGUGUUUUAUGUAAUUUGUGAGCAAUAAGGAAAUAAGAACAUAAACUUAAAAAUUACCAACAGUUAGUUUAAUUCUGUAUUGAGAUUAUUCCAGAAGAAUUUGUCCACUUCCAUUAUGAGGUUAGGUCCUCAUUGUUCUGCAUGACAAAAGUUUUAAGCUGGAAUGAAACGACUUGACAGGCUAGAUACAUUCCAAGUGGCAGAAGAUUAAUUGUUCGUUUGUUGUGGACUGUUUCUCCCACAUUUUUUAAUGUAAAUAGUUCAUUAGCUUGUAAAUAGUGUUUAAUGUAGGUUGUACUACUUUUCCUUAUGUCUGCUAUUGUGUAUAUAUACAAAAAUAUUUUUGUACCAAAUUGUAUUUUACUAAAAUUGUUACAGAUCAGUUUGUGUUAAACAACACCUGUUGCUAGUCAAUGGAAGACUAAUUAUGAUACAUUUUUUGUGAUUCUAUUACAUAGUAAGUUAGUUUUAUAAUUUUGUAUUUAAAAUUUACCAUUUUUUAAUGUUGAAUUUAAUUUUAUAUAUUAAAUGAAUUGUGAUAAACUAGUGUAUAAAACAGUAAUUUCCCUAUUUAUUUAGUGGCUAUUUAAUGCCACUAUAAUUCGAUGAUAAUUCACACUUGCUCUUUGGUUCUGUAAGACUUUCAUAAUCACAGUUCCUGUACCUGACUGCUACAUAAAGUUUCCUUGAUUUCAACAAAUCAUCCCUUAUUUUUUUGUCAGAGUCAACAUACAUAGUAUAUUUACUGUUUAACAACACUGAGGAUUGUUUAAGGCAGUAGCUUUACAGGGUAAAGCUCAGAAAAUGAAUGUCAUUCUGAUAUGCUGGGCAUUACAAUUUUUUUAAUAAUGAUGUAAGUUUUUCAAUUUUCCAAGAAAACAUAAACUGCUUUUGUCAUUUCUACUAAACUAACUUAACUAAAUAAUACAGAUUUUGUUUAUUGCUGAUUUUUUUAAAGAAAUUCAAUCUUGUUUAAAUUUGUACUAUUAUUUGAUUUGUAAUACCGUAAUAAUGUUAAAAUGUACUCAGAUGUUAAGUUUAAUAAUAUGGUUUACAAAUGGGAUAUCAUUAUGUUGGUUUGUUUCAUAAUUAUUUCAUUCAUUUGUAUGUUUUUGAACAAAUAUAAUUACCUUUGAAUUUUUUAAUUUUGUUAACAACAAAUAAGUUUUAGAGAGUUUUUUAUGUUGUGUUUAUGUAUAAUAAACCUCUUUAAAAUGA